CUAGCUCUGAAGUUCACAGUAGCAGUAAGAGCAGCCAGAGGAGCAGGCUUCCUGCAGCCCAGCCCUUCACAUCCAGAUCUGACUGAGACAACCCAGCUUUUAGGUGGCCAGUCCUUGUCUCAGGAUGGGGACCAUGGCCAGAGUAGCCUUGAUCUUGGCCUAUUUGGCUGUCGCCUAUGCCACUUCUGAGGGAGUCUCCUCAUUCCUUGCUCAGAGCCAGAAGGGGCCCCUCAAAACCACCCCUGAUUUCCUCUCUCCAGGCCACAAGGCUUCAGGGCAGAAGGAACUGAGACCAGAGCACCUUCAAGAAGUUGGCUAUGCAGCACCGCCCUCCCCACCCCAGACCCAAGGCUUCCCUGUGUAUCACCUGGAUCCUUCUCAGCAUGACCUUCCUUUUGAGGGACAGAGGGAAGUACAGCCCCCUCCCUCUCCAGAAACCAUACCUGUCCAGCAGGAAGAGCUGCCCCCUCCCCAUCUUCCUACUGAAAAGAAAGUGGAUCCUCCUGUCCCUCAGGAAGCCAUCCCUCUCCAAAAAGAGAUGUCCCCUCCCCAACUCCCUACUGAACAGAAAGAAAACCCACCAUUCCCACACCAGGAGAUUUUCCAUUCCCAGCAGAAAGAGGUCAGUCAAUCGGAAGAGAAACCAGCUCCCUUCAUGGGCCAGGUUCCCCCACAACCUCACUCUUGGAAUCCGGCCCAGCACUGCCAACCGGGCCGAUUCCGAGGGGGCUGGGGUCACCGGCUAGAUGGCUUCCCCCCUGGGCGGCCUUCUCCAGACAAUCUGAACCAGAUCUGCCUUCCUGAACGUCAACAUGUGGUAUAUGGCCCCUGGAACCUGCCACAGUCUGGAUACUCCCAUCUUAGUCGCCAGGGUGAGACCCUCAAUUUGCUGGAGACCGGAUACUCCCGCUGCUGCCGCUGCCGCAGCCACACAAACCGCCUGGACUGUGCAAGACUUGUGUGGGAGGACGCAAUGACCCGGUUCUGUGAGGCCGAGUUCUCAGUCAAGACCCGCCCCCACUGGUGCUGCAAAAAGCAAGAGGAGGCUCGAUACUCCUGCUUCCAGGAGGAAGCUCCUCAGCCACACUACCAGCUCCAGGCCUGCUCCACCCACCAGCCUGGUAUUUCCUUGGGCCCCGAGCUGCCUUUUCCCCCUGGGAUGCCCACAUUGGACAAUUUCAAGAACAUCUGCCACCUGAGACGCUUCCGCUCGGUGCCACGGAACCUCCCAGCUACUGAUCCCAUCCAAAGGCAGCUACAUGCUCUGACUCGGCUGGAGAUGGAGUUCCAGCGCUGCUGCCGCCAGGGGAACAACCAUACCUGUACAUGGAAGGCUUGGGAGGAUACCCUGGAUGGGUACUGUGACAAGGAGCAGGCUAUAAAGACGCACCACUACUCAUGUUGCCACUACCCUCCUAGCCCUGCCCGUGAUGAGUGCUUUGCCCGUCGGGCUCCCUAUCCCAACUAUGACAGGGACAUCUUGACCCUUGACCUCAGCCGAGUCACCCCCAACCUCAUGGGCCAUCUCUGUGGAAACCGAAGAGUUCUCACCAAGCAUAAACAGAUUCCUGGGCUAAUCCAGAACAUGACUGCCCGCUGCUGUGACCUGCCAUUUCCAGAACGGGCCUGCUGUGCUGAGGAGGAGAAACUAGCCUUCGUGGAUGAUCUGUGUGGUCCCCAUCGGAACUUCUGGAGAGAUCCUGCCUCCUGCUGUGAUCUGAGUCCUGGGGAUGAACAGACCAACUGUUUUAACAUCAAUUAUUUGAGGAAUGUAGCUCUAGUGGCUGGAGACACUGAGGGAGCCAGGGGUCAGGGGGAGCAGGUCCCAACAGGGGAAACAAAUAUCAGCCCUACCCCUGAGUCCAAGGAAGAAUGAGUCACUCCAAAGCCUUGGCGGAUCAGAUCGGGGAACCCCACCCUUCUUGAACACUCAUUACAGUAACCAUCUCUUGGA